AUGCUCUUGAAAGGAAAAGUGGUUGUCAUUACUGGCGGAGUCACAGGGAUCGGUAGAGCCAUUGCGGUUGAAAUGGCUGCUCAAGGAGCCAAGGUUGUGGUCAAUCACUUGGACAGUGUAGAACAGGCCCAACUUGCCUUAGAGCUUGGCGACGAAAUCGGAUCUAAAGACUUUUUGGCUGUACCCGGUGACAUUUCCAAACCGGAAACCAGUAAACUAUUGAUUUCAAGGACGAUUGAACGUUUUUCAGAAAUCAAUGUCUUUGUUUCCAACGCUGGAAUCUGUCAAUUUGCUGAUUUCCUCGAGAUGGAUCCAGAAAUCUACUACAAAACUGUCGAUGUGAACUUGAACGGAUCUUUUUUCGCCAUUCAGGCUGCUGCCAGGCAAAUGAAGGUUCAGGGUAAGGGCGGAAGUAUCAUCGCUAUUCUGUCGAUAUCUGCUCUUGUUGGAGGCUCCAUGCAAGCCCAUUACACUCCAACGAAAGCUGGAAUUGUCUCUCUCAUUCAGUCUACAGCUUGUGCUUUGGGCCCAUACGGUAUCAGAUGCAAUGCCAUCCUUCCAGGCACAAUCCAGACUGUUCUUAACGAGGAGGAUUUGAAGGACCAGGACAAGAGAAAAUACAUGGAGGGAAGAAUCCCGCUUGGAAGAUUGGGAGUGACGCAAGACAUUGCUGGUCCUGCUGUGUUUUUGGCAAGCGACAUGUCUAGAUACAUGAACGGUGCUCAGCUCCUCGUGGACGGUGGUGCAUUUGUCAACUUUCAAUAA